AAAUAUAACAUGCCUUGCGCACUGAUCACAGCAAACAGAAGAGGGAAGCUCUUCACUUAUAACGAGUCUAAAUAUCUUGAACUUCGAAUUUAACCCAUUUAUAUCAUUUACAAACUGUUAGGGAAAUUCAACCAGAAUAAUUUUAAUGUAGGGUUUUAGUAGUUGGGUGAAGUGGAUGAAGGUACUGGAGAGUAGACUUUGCUCUGCCUGUAGUGAAGCACUUGUAAUGCUCAAACGUCAUCCAACUCCAUGUUUGUGGAGUUUUGAUCAUAAGCAACCUUUUCACACCUGUAAUCCGAGUAGUUGUAAUUUGAAGAAGAGAAAGCUGAGCGUGGAUCGGCGUUCAUGGAAUAACAAACUUGUAAGUCUUUUUCGGAGUGGGCGAGUGUCAGAUGCGCGCUUAAUGUUUGACAAAAUGCCUGAACCAGAUCUAGUAACUUGGAACUCUGUCAUCACAGGAUAUGCUCGGAAUGGAUUAUUGGAAGAUGCGCGACAAAUGUUUGAUAUAAUGCCUCAACGAGAUGUAGUUUCCUGGAAUUCAAUGAUUGCAGCCUAUAUGCACAAUGGAAGAUUGGAUGAAGCCUGUUGCCUAUUUGACAGAAUGCCCAAAAGAGACAAUGUCUCCUGGAACACAGUCAUUAGGGGAUAUACCCAGAGUGAUAGAAUCGAAGAUGCACGUGAGCUUUUCGAUCAAAUACCUCAACCAGAUAUAUAUACUUGGAACUUGAUGAUAUCUGGGUAUGCUCGAAAUGGGAGGAUUGACACGGCAAGGGAACUGUUUGACAAAAUGCCUAAACGAGACACUGUAUCAUGGAAUACAAUGAUCACGGGUUAUGCUCAAUGUAGGAGAGUCGAUGAUGCCCGCAGUCUGUUUGAUACAAUUCCCGGACGAAAUGAGAUUUCUUGGAAUGCUAUGAUAACAGGAUAUGUGCAGAAUGGUAGAGUAGAUGAUGCAUGCAGAUUGUUCGAGCAAAUGCCUGAAGCAAUGAAAAAUAUUACCUCGUGGACUCUGAUGAUUUCUGGCUAUGCCCAAAAUGGGAGAUUAGAGGUUGCACGCAAUCUGUUUGACAGGAUGCCUGAAAGGAAUGUGGUUUCAUGGAACUCCAUGAUUAUGGUGUACGUUCAGGCUGGGAGAAUUGAUGACGCUCGGAAAUUGUUUGACGAAAUGCCGCAAAAGGAUGUAGUUUCAUGGAAUUCAGUGAUUACAGGGUAUAGUCAGACUGGCAGGGUAGAUGAAGCACGUUACUUGUUUGACAGAAUGCCUCUGUCAGAUGUUGUGUCAUGUAAUGCAAUGAUAGCAGGAUAUGCUCAAAACCGAAGACUGGAGGAUGCACGUCAACUGUUUGACGAAAUGCAAGAACGAAAUGUGAUUUCAUGGAAUGCACUGAUUGCAGGUUAUGAACAGAAUGGAUUUUAUGAAGAAGCCUAUAGUCUUUUCUCUCAAAUGAUAGAGUCAAAAGUUAAGCCAGAUUGCUCUAGCUUUACAAGCAUAUUAAGUGCAUGUGCGAACCUAGCAGCUCUGGGAGAGGGUAAGCAGAUCCAUCAGUAUAUAAUGAAGACAGGCACUUUCGUGGAUAUCCCUUUGGCAAACUCCCUUAUAACUAUGUAUGCUAAAUGUGGGAGCAUGGAGGAUUCUCGGUUAGUAUUCAAUACAAUGCCUGAGCGUGAUGUUAUUUCAUGGAAUGCAAUCAUUGUAGGCAACGCACAGAAUGGGCAUGCCGUGGAGGGCCUUCAACUGUUUAAGCAAUUGGAGAGCAUAGGCAUCAAGCCAAAUGAUGUCACUUUUGUAGGUGUCCUGUGUGCUUGUAGUCAUGCAGGUUUGGUGGAGGAAGGUUGGCAGUUGUUUGUGUCAAUGAGCAGGGAUUAUUCGAUCACGCCAAGAGUAGAGCACUACGCAUCUAUGGUUGAUCUUCUUGGUCGAUCUGGUCUCCUCAACGAGGCAGAGGAUUUUAUCGGCAGGAUGCCUGCAGAAGUUCAAGCAGAUGCUGUUGUGUGGGGAGCAUUGCUCGCAGCUUGCAGAGUUCACGGGAAUGCUGAUAUUGCCGAGAGGGUAGCACACACCUUAUUUAAAUUGGAACCCCACAAUUCUGGACCAUAUGUCCUACUGUCAAAUAUUUAUGCUGCAGCUGGUAAGUGGGGUGAUGUAUCAAAAGUGAGGAAGAUGAUGAAGGAAAGGGGUGUGGAAAAGCAGCCGGGCUGCAGCUGGAUUGAGGUACAAAAUAACGUACAUACAUUUGUUGUAAUCCGCAAAUAAAUAUUGACUAUUUAUGCACCAAUGAAUACGGCAUGUAGCCACCACAUGCUUGGUUCUCCCUGUUGGAAAACUAAAAUUAGUACCAUCAUUUUCCAUCAUUUGAGUUGGAAGCUGGGAAAAUGGACUCGAUCUUGUGCGGAUCACUGGUAUUGACAAGGAUGAUAAAGCUCAUAUAUAUAACUUGUUUUGAAUGAAUUCUAGCAUGGUUAAAGGAGAGGUACUCGUCUUCCAGCGAGCAUAUUCAAAUACAUACAGCUGUACCUUUUUUUCAUCUAUUCCGCCUAAUUACAGAAUGAGGUGCCCAUUACUAUUAUCCAGCUUUCCUAUGAUAAACUAUAAUGGUAAUGUGCAUUAGCCAUGCAAUAUGGCUAUAUUUGUAUUCGGCACAGAAAUUUUAUGAACGGUUAGGAAGUAAAUUCUAGCACCCAAACAAAAGUAAUGGCAGCCGCUAAAUAUUCUCAUGAAAUGUCACCCCGUACAUCAAGGAAUUACAUAUUGUAUUCUGGAGAAAGAAUCUUUCAUUGCUUGAAGGAAAAAUCCACUUCCCCUGCGAUCAUUUAUAGUGGUAACAUGCAUCGGCUAUGCAAAAUGGCUAUAUUUCUUUUCGGCGCAGAACUUUUAUGAAAUGGUUAGGAAAUAAAUCCUAGCACCCAAGGGCAGCCGCUAAAUAUUCUCAUUGCCAACUUAUCCUAAACUUCAAGGAAUUACAUAUUGUAUUAUGGAGAAAGAAUCUUUCAUUACUUAAUGGAAAAACAGUGUAAAUUAUGUUGAA